GAAUCGUACGGCCCGAAUUGCUGGUCUUCCGCUAAUCGUUUCCAUUUCCCGCUCUCUGGUCUCGGCAAGGGCAGUAGGAAUCGGAACAGCGGGCUUUCCCCAUUGUCUCACCCCCAUUCCUAGGGUUUUGCUUUCCCUUGUCUCUCUUCGCGACGACAGGAGGAAGUGAGGCUAAAAAUCUCUCUUCGCGGGGACUUGAAUCAUCUGAGGGUUCUUGAUGCUACCUUCGUUUCGUUCUCUGAAUACAGGUUGAACUGUUCUGCAUUCAAUUUUAUUAAUGCCUUAUUCUCAUGGCGCCUGAAGAGGUAGGCAGAUUGCACAAACUUGUAGGAAGUCUACUUCAGGAAAUUGAUUACAAGAAUAGGCGCCUGUAUGAGUUUGAGUCCAAGUUUAGCCAGGUGAUGGAAGAGAAGAACAAGUUACACCAGAUCCUCAUGGAUGAAAUGAGGAAGAUGCAGUACACCAUAACCAAUUGUUCUCAGGAGAAUGAAAAAUUGAAGCUAGAACUGCAAUGUCUGAGGAAGGAUCUAGAGCACCAGCAAAAAGAAUUGCAAAAUACUGAUGCAGAAAAAGUGUGGAAGAGAGUGAAGCUUAGUGAUGAAUCAGGAAAGGUCAAAAGUAGCAUAGGGAUGAUGCAAGGUGAGGCACAAGUGUCGAAAGACAUGAAAGUUGAUGAUUUAAGAACUCAGGAUAGUGAUGAAUUGACAAACAACCAAGAAAGUGAUCCAGAAUUCCUGAUUCCACUCAUACUGAAAGAACGGAGGAGUAAUCAUGAGCUACAGGAAGCCCGCAAAGAAUUGAUAACUGGUUUCAAAGACUUUUUUAGCAGCCGUAGCUUAAUUGGAGUCAAGAGAUUGGGAGAGCUCAAUGACAAGCCCUUUCAGGAUGCUUGCCGUCAAAGAUUUCCAAAUGAGGAACCUGAUGUGAAAAGUGCUGAGCUGUGCUCCUUAUGGCAGUGUCACAUAACAAAUUCAGAGUGGUAUCCUUUCAGAGUUACCACCAUCGAAGGAAAGGCUCAAGAUACAUUAAAUGAAAGUGAUGAAAAGUUGCAAGCUUUGAAAAGUGAGUGGGGUGAGGAAAUUUACAAAGCCGUGGCUACGAGUCUGAUGGAGCUUAAUGAGCACAACCCAAGUGGAAGAUACAUUGUUCCAGAACUUUGGAAUUUCAAGGAAGGAAGGAUAGCCACUUUGAAGGAGGCCAUUCAGUACCUCUUUAAGCAAAUAAGGAGUCUAAAAGCUGCCAAACGCAGAAAUCCACGACACCUGGGCAUGUAAGAGAUUGUCAAGCUGCUAACUUAUCACUCGAAACUUGGGCUGAUGUUGUAAGUGAAUGCUGUCCUGGUGAUUGACCGACGCGUAGGAGAUAUGCUAAGUGAUGUUUGGUGAAUACUCUCUGGGUCGAGUGAAGUACUCUACUUGCUCCCUGGUAAGACUAUAGCCUAACUUCAUAGAAGCCUGUGAGUUGUUUGUUCAGUUACUACUUACUAGGAGUGCCUCCUGUACAUGAGAUGUUAAAAAGAGGAGUCUAUUCUUGCCACCAUAUAUUAAUAUGUAACAUAGUUGACUCCAAAGUCUUUUAAUCUCUCACUCCAUUGGAAAUGACAAUUAGUUUUUAAUCGCUCAC